UUUGAUGUGCACAGAACGCUGACGAAGCCAUAUAACAGGAUGUCGUACAAAGCUGGAAUAGACGCUGAGGCGGCUGAGAAAAUCACUACAGAUUCGGAAGUGGAGAGGGAAGGCGAAGGCAAUUCUGGUAAUAGAAUAGCAAUUUCUGCAUAUCACAUGGCCGCUGCACAGGCCAAGGACCCAAGCGCUCUCAGAGCCAUUUGCCAGGAACUCCAAGCUGACAAGCCUUAUGGCGUAGCGCAAGAAACCAUCGGCUACCUCUACUACUUGCGUUUCAUGGCCACUUCCGAGAGUUGGGCUUUGGACAAAGCGCUCGUUCAUAUGCAGGCCGCCGUCAACGAUGCCGAUGAUGAACACCCAGACCUCCCACGCCGACAACAAUCUUUGGCUGUCGUAAAGGGGAUUUACAUAUUUUGUUUAAGCCGGUUCGAGGCAGAAGCUGAUAUACGCUGGAGGAAGCUCGACGCUUUACAACAAGAGACGACGCUGAAAAAGGUCAUUGAUAGCCUGAAUCUCGAACAAGACCCUGAAACCUCCGACGAAUUGAAUGUGUGCAUUCAAUUUGUUACGCUUCUCUGUGAAGAGAUUCGGUCGCUAUUCUCCCCCCCGAGAAGGAAGAGGGUUGAACGUCGCCUACUUAAGACAGCGGUGUUGAGGUCAGCGGCUCAGGCUGGGGACCUCCCUGUUUCCUGCACAGCGGACUUAGGCACUGCACUGCCAACCGAAAAAUGCAAUACUUAGCCGAACGGUCAUCUUUGAAUGUGCAAUCGCCAUCCUCCAUUGUUCCAGUUCAAUUAGGCAUUCAGACCUGAGUUACUUAGUGCGCGUCAUAUGUCUAUCUCUCAUAUGCAUCUUCUCUCAUCAAUGUAAUUUUCUCCUCCUUGUGUCGUUUU